AUGUCUACGCCAUUCCUAGACACUGAAGGCAAUCCGAUAUCCAAGGACCAGCUCCUUGGGUACGGUCGGUCUGGAUUAGUCAUUCUCCAAAAUGGCGUCGCCGUAAAAAUGCCUUUAAGAUACCUGCAAAGCUCGGACGACGAGGUGGACUUAAACACCAGUGUCAUUCAGAGGGAGCAAGAGGUUUAUCAGCGUCUCGAGCAAUGUGAAGGUGUUUUACCGUGUGUCAGCUUCUCUCCCACAACUAUCCAACUUGCCUUUAUGAGAAAUGGGGAUCUCCGCUCCUAUUUAUCACAGAAUCAGCCACCUAAAUCUCGCCAGCUUUCAUGGUUCCGACAGAUGGCUCAAGCUCUAUCUCAUAUACACAGCCGCUCAGUUAUCGUUGCAGAUAUUGCUUGCCGAAAUAUCCUCCUUGAUUCCGAUCUCAACAUCAAAUUUUGCGACUUUACCGAAUCGACAAUAAUGCCUCUUCAUACAAAUAUGGAAACAGCCGAUGACAAUGGAUAUUCGAUUCAAACUGAUAUCGGACAAUUGGGCGCUGUUAUGUAUGAGGUUGUGACUGGAAAACCCUGCAAGUUCGAUCUCCACGAGAAUCAUGCUUCCCGAGCCACAUGGCCGCGGAGGGAAACCCUCCCUAGCACAAAAGACAUCUGGAUUGGGUCAAUAAUUGAGAAAUGCUGGACUCAAGGUGCCUAUCAGAGCUCAACUCGCUCAGGAAAUACGGAGAGCCCUCGGGACAUCCCUCAGGAAAUAAACUCUCCAUCAUCGCUCAGUUCAGAUCUAUCUUCAGGCAUUGGCACACAUCUUCCCAGUUCUAGCAGCGGAUCUACUGUGAAUCUCCUCACCACCCCCCCUGAACGUUCUCUCUCCCUCGAACGCCCACCGGAAAGGUCACAGUCUAUGGCGCAUAAGUUCCUCUUGGGCCCUUCCAACUAUCCAGUCGAACGUUCUCCCUAUCUUGAACGUCUACCUGAAAUGUCACAAUCGACCGUGGAUAAUUUGUCGUUUUUCGACCCUUCCAACCCUCUCGUUGACCCUUCUCCCUACCUUGAACGUCUACCGGAGAUGUCGCAGUCGGCCGUGGAUAACUUCUCGUUUUUCGACCCUUCCAACCCUCUCGUUGACCCUUCUCCCUACCUUGAACGUCUACCGGAGAUGUCACAGUCGGCCGUGGAUAACUUCUCGUUUUUCGACCCUUCCAACCCUCUCGUUGACCCUUCUCCCUACCUUGAACGUCUACCGGACAUGUCACAAUCGACCGUGGGUAACUUCUCGUUUUUCGACCCUCCUAACUCCCCGGGCGACUCUUAUCCUCGCCAUGAACGUCUACCGGAUAUGUCUCUCAAAUAUGUAAACACUUCGUCUGAUUGA